CCCUGCCUGUUUGUGCACCCGCUUCCCCUUGGCGUGUGGGCCUCGCUGGCCAUCAGCGCGCUCACAGGUCUGUCCGUGGAGGACAGGGCCGUGGUGCUGUCAUCCCCCGAGUGUCCAGUGCCAUCCUGAAGACCACCGGGCCUCUCUCCAAAAUCAAUAAAAACCUGUAUUUAAAAAGGCAUUGAAGGCGGCACUGUAGAGUGUUGGUUGUUUACCCUGUGCCCGUGGCUGCCCGGAGCCGUGCUCUCUGCCCCUGCCCAGUGCUGGGUAUCACUAGCCCGAGAAAGCACAUCAGAGUUAAAGGCUCCGGACAGUGUCCACGGAACACGACUGCUUUUGACCCUCGGGAAAUCGAACGAUUACAUAGUGACUGCCGCGAUGCGAUCCAGGAGGCUGUGAAUUCAGUAUUGUGCCCUGGUUACGCCAGGUUUGAGAAGGCGCUGUCCAUGUUCGCGCCGGGCGAGAGGAAGCCGAGACCUCCGAGACCCCCGCGAUGAGCGAGCCCUACGUGAAGAAGCUGUCCACCAUCCUGCUGGACUCCGUCACCGACAAGGACCCCCUGGUGCAGGAGCAGGUAUGCAGCGCCCUGUGUGCCCUUGGGGAGUCGCAGCCAGAGGAGACGCUCAGCGCCUGUGAGGAGCACCUGCGGCAGCACGAAAAGCUGGCGCAUCCUUACCGGACGAUGAUCCUGAGGGCCAUGGAGACGAUCGUGAGCAAUCACAUCAGUGAGCUGGACAAGGACAUGACCAGGGCCAUCAUCCUCCUGGCCUCCAGCGAGAUGACCAAGGUGAAGGACCUGGUUUCUGACUGGCAGCAGGCUGCCAGCAGCGUCCUCGUGGCGGUGGGCAAGCGCUUUGUUGGCAUGGUGAUGGAGGAGAUGCUGGGCAAGUUCCAGCCUGGGGUCCUGCCGCACUGCUUCGUGGUGCAGACGUUAGCCAACCUCUCGGUCUUCAAUGUGUUCGGCAUGGUGCCCUUCCUGACGUCUGUUCUGAGCACCAUGCUGCCCAUGCUGGGCAUGGCCAAGCACGAUUCCAUGAGGGUGGUGUUCUGCUGUGCCCUGCAGCGCUUCAGCGAGAGCACCCUUGAGUACUUGGCCAACCUGGACCAAGCCCCAGACCCCACAGUCAGGAAGGACACCUUUGCCUCCGACAUCAGCAGUGCCUAUGACACCCUCUUUCACCACUGGCUGCAGAGCCGCGAAGCCAAACUCCGGCUCGCUGUGGUGGAGGCCCUGGGACCCAUGAGCCACUUGCUGCCCAGUGAGAAGCUGGAGGAGCAGCUCCCCAAGCUCCUGCCCGGAGUCCUUGCCCUCUACAAGAAGCACGCCGAGACCUCCCACGUGUCCAAGAGCCUGGGCCAGAUCCUCGAGGCGGCAGUGAGCGUGGGCAGCCGCACACUGGAGGUCCAGCUGGAUUCGCUCCUGGCCGCUCUGCACGCUCAGAUCUGUGUGCCUGUGGAGACUUCCAGUCCCCUGGUGACGAGCAACCAGAAGGAGGUGCUGCGCUGCUUCACAGUGCUGGCAUGCUGCUCGCCCGAACGCCUGCUGGCCUUCCUGCUGCCCAAGCUGGACACCAGCAAUGAGAGGACCCGUGUGGGCACCCUGCAGGUUCUGAGGCACAUCAUCAACUCAGCCGCUGCUCAAAUGGGAAGUCCACAGCAUAUGCCCCAGCAUCAGAAGCCCAGCGGUGAGGAGGAGCCCCCGGCGGACAGCGUGCGGGACAUCAGCGUCAGCACCCUCUACCUGGUCAGCACCACCGUGGACAGGAUGAGCGAUUGGCUGGUGGCUGGAGACUCCCCGCUCAGGCAGUGGCCAGAACCACGGGUUCCCAACAGCCCCUCCCACGUUGGCUGGCAGUGCCGGGCCGCCCUCCACCGGCACCCGCACAGUGCACGCCCUGGUUUGCUGCAGAACUUCCUGUACAAAUGUGUGGGGACCACCCUGGGUGCUGCUUCCAGUAAAGACGUGGUGAGGAAACUCCUGCAGGAGCUGCUGGAGACAGCCAGAUACCAGGAGGAGGCCGAGCGCGAGGGCCUGGCCUGUUGCUUUGGGAUCUGUGCCAUCUCCCACCUGGACGACACCCUGGCCCAGCUGGAGGACUUUGUGAGGUCGGAUGUGUUCAGAAAAUCCAUCGGCAUCUUCAACAUUUUUAAGGACCGGAGCGAUAAUGACGUGGACAAAGUGAAGGGCACGCUGAUCCUGUGCUACGGGCAUGUGGCGGCGCAGGCCCCCCGCGAGCUGGUGCUGGCCAGGGCCGAGUCCGACAUCCUGCGGAACAUGUUUCAGUGCUUCAGCACCAAGGUUCUGGGAAUAAAGGUAGAGACCAAGGACCCGGGCCUGCAGCUGUGCCUUGUCCAGAGCGUGUGCAUGGUGUGCCAGGCCAUCUGCAGCAGUGCGCAGGCCGGCUCCUUCCACUUCACGAGGAAGGCGGAGCUGGUGGCCCAGAUGAUGGACUUCAUCAAGGCAGAGCCCCCAGACUCCUUGCGAACACCCAUUCGGAAGAAGGCCAUGCUCGCCUGCACCCACCUGGUCUCCCUGGAGCCUGAGCUGGAAGAGCAGGUGCAGUCGGACAUAAUCCACAGCUGUCUGCACAGCAUCAUGGCUGUGCCGCCCGAGCUCGAGGGGGAGGGUGGCCUCCCAGGAGGUAUCUCCAAGUUCCUGUACCUGGACACCAUGCACGCCCUUGAGGAUCUGCUGAGGAGCAUCCUUCGGCGGAACAUGACCCCCCAGGGUCUGCAGCUCAUGGUGGAGCACCUGAGCCCGUGGAUCAAGUCCCCGCGGGGCUACGAGCGGGUGCGGGCGCUGGGCCUGAGCGCUUGUCUGCUGCAGUUCUUCCUGGAGCACCUGCACGUCAGUGCCCUGGUGCCCUUCCACAACCUGGGCCUCCUCGUCGGCCUCUUCUCCCCACGGUGUGCGGACCUGUGGCCUGCCACCCGCCAGGAGGCCGUGAGCUGUGUCUACUCCCUGCUCUACCUCCAGCUGGGCUACGAGGGCUUCUCCCGUGACUACCGGGACGACGUGGCCGAGCGGCUCCUCACCCUCAGAGACGGUCUUGUGCACCCCGACCCUGCCAUCCUCUUCCACGCCUGCCACAGCAUCGCUCAGAUCAUCGCGAAGCGCCUCCCGCCGGAUCAGCUCAUCAACCUCUUGCUCACCCUGUUUGAGAGCCUGGGAGACCCAGACAAGAACUGCUCCCGAGCGGCUAUCAUGAUCAACUGCCUGCUGAAGGAGCGGGGCAGCAUGCUGCUGGAGAAGGUGCCCGAGAUCAUGAGCGUGCUGCGCUCCAGGCUGCAGGAGACCCGCGAGGAGCACGUGCUGCAGUCUGCCCAGCACAGCGUGUAUGUCCUGGCCUCCCAGCACUGCGUGGCCGUGGUGACCAGCCUCCUGGGCAGCCCCCUGCCCUUCGACAGCCACACCUGCUCCCUGUGGCGGGCGCUGGCGGUGGAGCCCGGCCUCAGCGCCCAGGUGCUGGGACUGCUGCUGGAGAGGAUGAGCAGAGACGUGCCCUUCAAGGAGAGCCGGGCCUUCCUGCUGAGCAGCACCCCCGACCGCGUGGCCACGCUGCUGCCCCUGGCGGCCACCUGCGCGCUGCACGAGGUCAUGUCUGCUCCGGCGUCCGGGCCUGCGGUGACCGAGCUCUACCCCCAGCUGUUUGCGGGGCUGCUGCUGCGCGUCAGCUGCACGGUGGGCGUCCAGCUGCCCCGGAACCUGCAGGCCAAGGAGCGGAGGGCCGGCAGCUCAGCGCUGGCCUCCAGGACCCUCGAUCCCUGCAGCACUGCAGUGGAUGCUCUGCGGGCCGUGCUGCUGCGGGGCGGCAGCGAGGACGUGGUGCAGCGUGUGGAGCUGGAGGGGGGCUGGGAGCUGCUGAGCACCUCCGCAGGGCAUGAGGAUGGGGUGGCCCGGCUGGCCAGUGCCAUGGCAAAGUGUGCAGGCCCCCGGCUGCCCCUGGUGAUGAAGGCGCUGCUGGGAGCACACAGCAGUGUGUAUGAGGCCCAGAGGGUCACCUCCACAGCCUUCCUGGCCGAGCUGCUCACCAGCAACGUAGUGAAUGACCUGAUGCUCCUGGAGUCGCUGCUGGACAACCUGGCCGCCCGGCAGAAGGACCCGUGUGCCAGUGUGCGGCGGCUGGUGCUCCGAGGCCUGGCCAACCUCGCCUCCGGCUCCCCCGAUAAGGUGCGGGCCCACGGCCCCCAGCUUCUGACAGCCAUGAUCAGCGGGCUGGACGACGGGGACGGCCCGCACAGCCUGGUGGCCCUGGAGGCCAUGGCAGGCCUGGCCAAGCUGCUGGGCCUGGUGGAGCCCGAGGACCUGCGCGCGGUGCUGCUGCACACGGCCUUCCGCAUCCGGCCCUUCUUUGACAGUGAGAAGAUGGAGUUCCGCUCUGUGUCCAUCCGCCUCUUUGGGCACCUUAACAAGGCCUGCCACGGGGCCUGUGAGGACGUCUUCCUGGAGCAGGUGGUAGGGGGGCUGGUGCCCCUGCUGCUGCAUCUGCGGGACCCCCAGGCCUCUGUGGCUGCUGCCUGCAGGUUUGCCCUGCGCAUGUGCGGCCCCAACCUGGAGUGUGAGGAGCUGGCAGGCGUCUUCCAGAAGCACCUGCAGGAUGGCCGUGGCCUGCACUUUGGGGAGUUCCUCAAUGCCGCCUGCAAGCACCUGAUGUGCUACUUCCCGGACCUGCUGGGCCGCCUGGUGAGCACCAGCCUGUUCUACUUCAAGAGCAGCUGGGAGGACGUCCGAGCGGCUGCCCCCAUGCUCACAGGGUUCCUGGUGCUGCACGUGGAGCCCCAGCAGCAGUCGCAGGUGGACCUGGAACAGCUCACUGCCGCCCUGCAGCUCCUACUCAAGGACCCAGCCCCCAAGGUGCGAGUGAAAGCUGCCGAGACUCUGGGCCGCCUGGUGAAGUUCGCCUGAGGCUCCGGCAUGCUGCCCCCGACAAGCAGCACCGCCAGGGCUGGCCUGGGCCUCAGAGUGCCUGCCCCGGCCACACGGGACCAAGCAGGGCGGGCAGUCUGUGCGCCCUCCCCUUCCCCAACCCCCCCCCCCCC